CUAAGUGAUGUCACCUGAUAGUGAAGAGGGAAGGGUAUGCUAAUGUUUACAACCAGCGGGCUGUCAAUAACUCGAUCGUAACCACGGAUCGAUCGAGUCUCUCAUCUCCCUCGUGGUUGUGGAGACGAGGAGCUGAUGGUGUGAGAUCGAUGACUCCUUCCCACGUCCAGGCUGCUGUUUGCUGUGGACCCCCCCCCCCCCCCCCUGCUCCGUGUUGGCUGUGCACAGGGACUCUGAGCUGUCGUCCAGGAACACAACAGUGUCCCGAUGGAAUGGGUGUUCAUCAUGAACCGGAUGAGCUCUCAGGGUAGCGCUGCAGCCCAGCGCAGGCGGAUGGCCCUGGGGGUGGUGAUACUCCUACUGGUGGACGUCAUCUGGGUCGCCUCCUCCGAGCUGACCUCAUACAUUUUCAAGCGACAGGAGUACAACAAACCCUUCUUCAGCACGUUCACCAAGACCUCCAUGUUCGUGCUGUACCUGCUGGGCUUCCUGCUGUGGCGGCCCUGGAGGCAGCAGUGCACCGGCUCUCUGAAACGCCGCCACUCUGCAUUUUUUGCUGAUGCGGAGGCCUACUUCGCACCGUGCACCACUGACACUACUGUGAACAACCGUUUGAGUGAACCACUGUAUGUGCCUGUGAAGUUCCAGGAUGUACCUGCUGAACAAUCAAAUUAUUUGUCUGGAGAUUUUCAAACUUCAGCCACCAAAAAGCAGCGGGUGCGUUUCAGUAACAUCAUGGAGGUGCGUCAGCUGCCCUCCACUCAAGCUCUGGAGGCCAAGCUGUCCCGCAUGUCCUACCCUGCUGCCAAGGACCAUGAAGCCAUGCUGCACACGGUGGGCAAGCUCACCAUCACUGAUGUGGCCAAGAUCAGCUUCUUCUUCUGCUUUGUGUGGUUCCUCGCUAACCUGUCCUACCAGGAAGCCCUGUCCGACAUGCAGGUGGCAAUUGUCAACAUUUUAUCCUCCACCUCAGGCCUGUUCACGCUGAUCUUGGCAGCCAUAUUUCCCAGCAACAGCAGCGACCGCUUCACUUUGUCCAAGCUGCUGGCUGUGGCUCUCAGCAUGGGAGGUGUGGCGCUGGUGAGUUUCUCCAACAUGGACAGCCCUGAUGAGAAAGGAGUCACAGGUUCCUUGUGGUCGCUGGCCGGGGCGAUACUUUACGCUUUCUACAUCGUCAUGAUCAAGAGACGAGUGGACCGGGAGGACAAGCUGGACAUUCCCAUGUUCUUUGGGUUUGUGGGUCUGUUCAACCUGCUGCUGCUGUGGCCGGGCUUCCUCGUGCUUCACUACACGGGCUUCGAGGCCUUCGAGCUCCCCAGCCAGCUGGUGUGGACGUACAUCCUCAUCAACGGCCUCAUCGGCACCGUGCUCUCCGAGUUCCUCUGGCUCUGGGGCUGUUUCCUCACGUCCUCUCUCAUAGGAACUCUAUCACUGAGCCUCACCAUCCCGCUCUCUAUGAUGGCAGACAUCUGUAUGCAGAAGGUUCGUUUUUCUUGGCUGGUUUUCGCGGGCGCGGUCCCCGUCUUCCUCUCCUUCAUCAUUGCCACGGUCUUAUGCCACUACAACAACUGGGACCCCGUGCUGGUGGGGCUCCGCAGAGUGUACGCCUUCGUUUGCAGGAAACAUCGAAUCCAGAGACUGCCAGAAGACAGUGAGCUGUGUGAAAGCCUUAUCCCUCUGCACACUGUCUCACCAAAUGAAGGAAGUGUGUGUUCGUGAUCCAACCGGCAGACACAAAGUGGCGAUGGUGGAUCUCGCUGAGUUGACAAUCUGGAAGCUCUCAGAGACAUUGAACUACCCCAGUGCCUCCUAUUGAAACUAUUUAUUUUCUACAGUGUUGCGACGGCCCAACCGAUUCUACAAUCUCUCUUUUUUUUUUUUUUUUACGUUCACAUAUCAGCCGUCACGGACUGAACUUCUGAUUUCUCCUUUUUUUAAUGUUUCUGUGUGAAAAGAAACUUUAUGGUACUCAAGGUGCUGGACAUGAUCAGUGAUUACUGUCGUGUCAUGUGACCAAAUGAAAUGGUAAAUGUUGAACUUGAUCUUAACACUAAGUGGAGCAGUAGUGCGUGUGUGCGUGCGUGUGUGUCUGUGUGUGUCUAUGUGCGUGCGUGUGUGUGUUUGUGGGUUUGAAAACCUUGGAAAAGAGCUCCCAUCACUAUUUUAAGGACGAUGUAGCCUCUUUGUACUGGACUUUGUAAAUUAGUCCCUUUUUUGAUACUUGCUGCUUGUUUUGAAGUUCAUGCAGAUGUAAUGCAUUUCACAGUCUGGCCAUUUGCACAGUCACAGAGCAAACCCAGCCUUUCCCUGAUGGUGUUAGAAUCACCAAGGCAGCAUGUUAGUGAAGCGCCUCCUUGAAGUGUGCACUGUGCUGCACCACCCUCUCUAGACUCAGCCCCUGCAGGAGUCAGUGCAGCUUGACUGAUUUCAAUCAGGGCUAAUCGUGUCUUCAAGCUUUUCCAAUCAGCCACGUGAUGCACUUCAUAUGAUGUCUUAGCACAUGUGACCACUUUGUUUGCAUGACCAACGAUCAGUUAGAUUUAGAAAUGCAGUUUGAGUUCCUGUUACUCGGCCUCAGAGGCUUUUUGGCACUUACAGGAUUGAUCAGCGUGGCUUCUGCAUGUGAUGGAAGGUAUUUUCCAACUUCAGACCUUCAGGUAACACCGGUAUUGACCUGAUAGGAUUCAUCUUGCGUUCAAAAAUACAUAUUUCUGUCAGUCUGACACCAGCCUCUGUUGUUCUCUGUUGACUGAGUUAGUCUGACGCUUGUUUCCUCGUCUAACCGGGACUCAAACAGGAUUUUAAUACUCAAAUAGUAUUUCUUAUAAAAGGCACAAGGGGGAGAUGUUGACAGAAUCAAUAGAGAUUCUUUGAGCUGCUAAUUAUCUUCUCCAUUGCCAGUUUAAAAGAACUCUUUACCUCUUUGAAAGAAUACCAACAGAAUCAAUUUAGUUAACGACAGCUCACCUCAAAAAAUUUAACUGUUGUUUUAGCUGCAAAUUAUUUAAAGUCCAAAUUUACUUUUUAAUGCAAGAAAUGUUAAUUUAAGAGUAGAGCCCAAUACAUACAAUAUUACUACUAAUAAUAAGCUUUUUUAAAUUCUUGCAGAGGGAAACGGCAAUAAGCAAUAAAAUAUGAAUCUGUGAAAAUGAAUGAAAGUGGGUGAAAAGUAAUGAAAUGGUCAAAUCAAAAUUAAAGGAAGGAACCCUGCAGCUGCAGCCAUGUUGGGCAAGUCCAUUUCUGGAGAGAGACCAUUAAGGCUUUUGCAUCAUCUUCUUCUUCUUUGGUUUUAGUCUCAACUUCUUGCAGUCACACGACAAACGGUCGUUCUCAUGAAACCAAACCACGGCUCAGUUUGAUCCCGGCCUCUUCUGGUCGGACAAAUUCUGAAGUUCAGCACCAAAUGAGCAUCUUUACAAUGACCGUUAACGUUUAAUCCAACAUUUCAUUACUUGAACAUUUUAGAAAAUCAAUCUUUCACGUCAUCUUUUGGUGUCGAACGCGACAGACGAGCGAUGUUCUUGUUUUUUUCUCUUCGUCCCUUUGACAGUUCUGGAGCGUGGAGACAAGCUGUGACAGAGACAGAAAGUUUGUGUUGAACAACAAGUCGUCAAAACUAUAAGCUACAAAACGUCUCGCUGCAAUAAUGGUUUGAAUCAUGGGCAGAGUGUUGAUGUUUGUGAACACUACAGAUUUAUCCUCUGAGAUGACGUCUCGGUUCAUAUUCGAUGUAUUUUUCUAAAUGAUACCUGCAGGAGGAAGGAUUUGCAUUAAAGUCUCUUGUAGUUUAGAUUAGGUCUCAUCAGUUUGACAGAAAAAUGAUUUAUUUACUGUUUGAGAGUUUGAAUGUGAUGAAAAAAAAACAUUUCUUUAACCAGCCUCAGUGUCUGUCAUGUGAUCACAUAUGUAUAUAUCACAGCACAAGGUGAAAUGUAAAUGUUAAUCCACUAUUUCUCAUGUUGUUUGCAUAAAAUUCUACAGAAAACUUAUUUUUUCAUCUUUCACCGGUGAUGCUUGUGAAAUCCUGCAUGUGAUUUAUUAUUUUUACUCAGGUUCUUUGUUUUCUGAACAUUAUCUGUGUCGUUAACGAGGACGAACAAAAAACAGCAACUUCUCUCUCAUCAGCAAAAACUCUUUAAUAAUCCAUCUGUGGUUUUGUACAAACACUGCACUAUUAAAAUGAGUUGCUUUGAAA